UCAGGUCCCUCAGGAUGGUGACUGGCUUGGCCUGGCUAAUGAAUGGAUGCUGGGGAUCCGCAAGAAUAUCAAGCGUCAAGCAAAGGUCUUCCUGUGUCUGUCUUCAAAAGGAGCCUGGUUUUAUCACCUGUAAGAGCUGCGUGGCCGUCACUCUCUGUUCAGGAUUCUUCACCAAACACUUCUUGACAAAGUCCGUGAAGUCGUCCGACCACAGCUCUGGUUUUCGGAAUGUCGGUGGAGGGUUGGUGGGGAUCAUGAAGAUGGCCUGAUGGGGAAGAAAAGUAAACAUGACACAUCACAUCUUCGUAUAGUACUUAAAAAAAAAAAAGAAUACUUGCUCUCAUGGGAUGGAUGUCUGCAUAAGGAGGCUUGCCCUCUGCCAUCUCGAUGGACGUGAUGCCAAGGGACCAGAUGUCGGCCACACAGUUGUAGCCGAUCUCCUGGAUCACCUCCGGGGCCAUCCAGAAAGGGGUUCCAAUCACGGUGUUCCUCUUUGCCAUGGUGUCCUGCGGAGGUAAAACUGUUAUCAUUUGGGCCCCGCUCCAAUGGAAUAUCACCAUCCUUGAGCUCGGAUCUUACCGUCAGCUGCCCGGCCACUCCAAAGUCAGCCAGCUUGGCGUGUCCCUCCGUGUUGAGGAGAAUGUUUCCCGCCUUAAUGUCCCGGUGGAUCUUCCUCAUGAAGUGAAGGUAUUCCAGACCCUUCAGGGUUGAUUUUAGAAUGGUGGCGAUCUCAUCCUCUGUCAGCUGGAGGGGGGUAAAUUAUUUUUACACAUGUAUGUUAUGAAUAGCAAGAGUUUGGCCCUGUGAAAGAUUAUUUCUAUUUCCAUUCAUUCCUAUGGGAAAAAAAAACUGUUUCAAAAUCCAUGGUGUUGGCUAGGAGCACCCACCGUUUUGUUACGCAGCCUGAUGAUGUCCGAGACGGAGCCUGCCCCGCAGUACUCCAUGACGAUCCACAGGUCUGUGUUUUUGAAGUAGCUGCCGUAGUACUUCACUACAUAAGGGCUGUGGGGAAAAGCAAAUCCAUACAAUAGUUUAAUCUAAAGUAAACUGACAUGGAUGUUUUUUUCCUGACCUGUCACACUGCUGCAUGAUGGAAAUCUCCUUGAUGAUCUCUUGUAGAUCCGACUCCACAGGAACCUGCUUGAUGGCCACAACCUGUCCUGACUCCUUGUGGAUGGCUUUGAACACGCUGCCAUAAGAGCUAAACACACAGCACACGUCAAUGAAAAGUGUCACAUUUUAUGCAGAGUCUAAAUACUAAAUAACUAAAUAACGCUCACCCUUCACCCAGUUUUUCCAGAACGUCAAACACUUCCUCUGGUUGUUUGGUCAAACUGUCUUCACUGAGUUUUUUCAGCUUGCUGUUGGAAUAAGACAAAUGUAAUGAAAACAACAGCGUGUAAUCAGGUCUCAUCACUGAUCAGCAAAACUAAAGUGUUGUUUCCAGUUAGUCGCAUACAUGUAGCAUACAGCUAAAUGAAAGUUGCUCACUGCAUAUAACAAUAAUAAAUCCUUAUAUGGUUUAAUUAUUUAACUACAUAACCGGAAAGUGUUGGGAGAAGACCGGCGAAGCUAACUGGGGUUAGCAUCAUCACCGGUUAGCUUGGCAGCUACCGCCUGUGUUGGGGUUUUUAAACAUAUAUACAAACAACAGCAGUCAAACCUUUUCGGGGCGGAUGGAUCCAUGGUUUAAGAAUGUCAAAUUAUACAAAAACACCCGCAAUGGAAUGAUGUUUAGUUGCUUUAUCUGCUAUGAUCACCGUGUGAACAUUGUCGUCGUUGUUGUCAAAAAAAGUAGAGGCGAGCGAGAGGACUAGCAGUGUCUUCGUCAGGUGAUAGACGUUUGUGGAUUUUUUUUUUAUUUUUAUACCAGCGCGUCCCCUGCCGACUCGGAGUAUAAAGGCAUCUCAUUCGGACCAAUCAUACAUCAUUUUACUUCGAGGUGCGUGCAAUUACUCACUACGCAUGUGCAAUUCAGGAAGUAGCGUGUUUCUGACGAGAGUAGAGCAAAACAGCGAACUUGGUUUGUGAACACGUACACAAAAUGGACCCACCGAGAGAAGUACAGCCGCCCAAGCAGCAGCCCAUGUUCUACAUAUGUGGAGAGUGCCACAAGGAAAACGAAAUAAAAGCCCGUGAUCCAAUCCGGUGCAGGGAGUGCGGCUACAGGAUCAUGUACAAGAAGAGAACAAAUAGAUUGGUUGUUUUUGAUGCCCGAUGAUUGUUUUUGAGUUUGUGCUGUUUGUAGUUGACCCAGUGUGUUGUUUUAUUAAAAGAUGAUUUUCACUUACCUUUUUUUGUGUGUUUUGAGUGUAAACUUACACACCCCCAUUUGAAAAUGGACAAUUUUUCCAUCCUCUUGGGGGAAUGUUGGAAGAUCUCAUUGCCUAUUUUUUUGUUGUGCACCAUAAACGUGUUUUUUUUAAUUCCAUGAUUUUUGAUUGGUAUACUUCCAUUAGGUGGAGUGGUAUAUAUUAAAUUAGGUAAAAAUGCACAUGAAUUAUAUUAAUAUGUUUGUUACAUUAAAAUAUACGGCCAAAAUCAAGUAGAUGAUGGCAAUAUCAGAAGACAUUGUGUAUGAAUGCUUAAGAGCUGAAGAAAAAAAACGAAUUGAGGUGGAAAGGCACAAAUGUCGAAAUGCAGAAUAAAUAAAAGUAAGCAGAAGAGCGUUGAAAUGUAAACUGUAUGAAUACUAAGUGUUUUAUAUAAGUUUUUAUGUAUGAAAACAGCUAAAACUAAUUUUAGCAUGUAACACCUACCAUGGUAGCACUAAGCUGCCUGCAUUUGUUAAUACUAGCAAAGAGAUGGCAAAAAUGCUACCAUGCUAAUGUCAGACUGCUAGUAAUGCUAACUGCUAGCAUGCUAACAGUAGCAUGAUAAUGAAUACCUAGCAUGAUAGCACUAAUUUUUUAUGAGUUUCUACUAAAUGGCUGAAAUGCUACUAUGCUCAUGAUAACACACUAACAUUAGCAUCAAAUA